AUGGAUGCCUGCAAAAUCGACAAUUUCUUCAGAUAUUUUAAUAAAGAGGACGCCAUUACGGAAGAAAUUAAUAAACGGAAAAUGAUCAAAAUAAAAUCAGAGACACAUCAAGAUUCCUUUUGGAUGCUUAGAAUAUCGAUAAUAUUUUUCAAGAUCAACGGUCUCGCCACGUUUGCCCAUCAUAUCGUCACGCGGAGAAAAAGACCAUUGUGCGCAUUUUAUUACUCUAAAUUUGGGAUCAUUUACAAUGCCGUAUUGAGUUGCUUAAUAAUCGCUUCGAACUAUUUGUCGAUACCGUUCAUUCUCACUGUACAAUAUGAGAAUAAGUCAAACUUAACUGUAACCCUCGAGGUUCUGCAAGCUAUACUUGGCUCCCUGGUGAUCUGCGCGAUUUUACUGUUCUACUGCAUCGAUCAGAAAUCCUUGGUUCGGAUCGUCAAUCAAUUAAUGGACGUCGAGCACGAAAUGGAUCGUCUGUAUCUUUUGUAUCGUCCGUUGCGACGACAGCGUAUCUUCUAUGCCGUGACCAUCGUCUGCGUCUUGAAGAUUUGUCUGCUGAUUCUUCUUCUGACCACUGAGACCCUGGCCUUUCACGUUGGCCCGGUCGCCUGGCUGACGGACAUUCUACCGAGUCUUUACGUGGAUUGGCUGUUGAUACAGUACUUCCUAUUGGUCACGAUCAUUCAAGCGGAUUUCGCCGAUGUGAAUCAAGCGAUAGAGAGCCUCACUGAAGUCGACACACCUAAUCUUCAACCACAGUCUUUCUAUCAAACGCGUCGCAUUAUAUUCAACAAUUCCACUGUUUGUCAACUGUUGCAACUACGAGACAUGCACUAUCACCUUUGUGAGAUUUCCAAGGACGUGUCGGAUUUCUAUUCACUGCCAGUAUUGUUCGGCGUUACUUUUCUCUUUGUGACACUCAUAUUUAAUGGCUACUAUCUUCUCGCGCCAGCUCUAAUGAUAACCGGCGAUAGCUUAGAGUUCAAGAUUCUUAGUAACACUAUCAUCUGGUUAAUAUUUCUGAUUUAUCCCAUUUCUAUCCUUACCAACAGAAUCACCAAGACUUUAAACGAGAUAGGGAAAACGGGCAAAAUAAUACAUAGCCUUUUAAGAUGCACAAUCAGUAAAGAGUCAAAAUCAGAGCUCAAGCAAUUUUCACUUCAAUUGCUACAUCACAAAGUACAGUUCACAGCUAAGGGAUACUUUGCGCUCGAUAACAGUUUUCUUCAUUCGCUGAUCGGCACGGUGGCGACUUAUUUGGUGAUACUUAUGCAAUUUCAAAUGGGCAGCUCAUCAAAACCACACUGUAAUUGUACAAAGAAAGAUAAGUAA